AUGCCGUCGACGACGGCAUCUGCGCGCCUUGAAGCCGACCUCGAAACCCAACAUUUACCUGAAAACGGGACCCGAACCGGAUUCGAGCCACCGUCGAACCCCGUCCAUCGACGGUCCGUCAUGAGCUCUGAAACUCGAAAGAAAUUCAUUAACUACCCUGUUCCACAGGCUGGACCACCAAUUCCCUACAAGAAUGAUCGGCGAAACAAUCCGCCUCUUAAGGGCUGGGUUCUGGUGAUAGCGGCAUGGCUCAUGGAAUGUUUCUGGUUCCUCCGCUGCUUCAUCUGGAGCAAUGCAGGCUUCGGCAGCGUACGCAAGAUCCGCAAGCACAUCGAGGACGCCGAGCCUCGCUACGACCCAACCGUUCUUCCCUUCCCUGUGGAUGAAGCCAAGGACCCGGCCGUCCUUCACCGCGAGAGCGCUGUUAAAUCGAAGCCUCGCCCUUUCAAAUACUACUCCGUCGCCGACUACCAUGCCAUGUACCUGUCCGGUGAGGUCACGCCUUUGGCCGUGGCCCGCGCCAUCCUACCCCUGAUCCGCCGCGAUACCUCUCCGCCGGGUGAGCACUCCAUCGCCUGGUUCGACACAAAAGUCUCGAUGGUCCUGGCAGCUGCCGAGGCGUCUACGCGGCGGUACAAGGAGGGACGUCCAUUGGGGCCCCUCGAUGGUGUGCCGACUGCCGUUAAGGACGAGUACGAGAUGGACGGCUACCGGACCUGCCUCGGAUCGAGGAACGACUACACCACCGUGACAGAACCGGGGCAAUCCAUCAACAGCUGGUGCGUGAAGAAGCUCGAAGAGGCAGGCGCCGUCAUCCUAGGCAAGCUCUCUAUGCACGAAUUCGGACUAGACACAACCGGAAACAACCCCAUUUACGGAACACCCCGCAACCCCUACAACCGUGGCUACUACACCGGUGGCUCCUCCUCAGGCGCGGGUUACGCCGUCGCCGCCGGUCUCGUGCCCAUGGCUCUCGGUAGCGACGGCGGUGGCAGCAUCCGCAUCCCCUCGUCUCUCUGCGGCGUCUACGGCCUAAAACCUACCCACGGCCGCAUCUCCUUCCACCCGUGCCCGAACCACAGCAACAGCUGCGCUGUCAACGGCCCCAUUGCCGCAGAUAUCGAAUCCCUUGCGACCUGCUUCGAGACCAUUGGCGCGCCGCACCCGGACUCCAGCUUCAUCCAGGCCUCCCCGUUCCUCCUCUCUCCCAGCGAGAAGCGCGGCAAGAUUUUGGGCAUCCCGGAAGCAUGGUUCGCUCAGGCCGACCCCGCCAUCCAGCGCAUGUGCCGCUCCAUGAUUGCCCGUCUGGUUACAAACCACGGCUACACCACGGUCCCCAUCGACAUCCCUUUCCUUGUGGAAGGCCAGUCGGCGCACGCAAUGACGGUACUUACGGAUGCCGCGGCACUUCUCCCGGAAACGAAGAACCUCACCCCCGGCAACCGCAUUCUCCUGGCGAUCGGUCGCGUCACGUCAGCCGUGGACUAUCUCCUCGCGCAGAAGCUCCGCGGCCUGCUCAUGCAGCACCUCGCACACCUCUGGCGCGCCUACCCGGGCAUGAUUAUCGUAACCCCCACGACAUCCUGCGCCGGGUGGCCCAUCAUGUCUGAGGGCGAACUUUCGCACGGCGUAAGCGACGGCGACAGGACCAUUCGCUCAAUGGAGUAUGUCUGGAUGGGCAAUUUCUGCGGUCUCCCUGGCGUCACAGUCCCCGCAGGCUACGUCGUACCGCAUGACCAGCCCGGCGGUGGAACCGAAGCCGGGCCCGACACGGUGGGCAAGAUCCCCAUUGGGUUGAUGGGCAUGGGCGAGUGGACGGACGAGCACAGCCUCCUCGAGUUCGGUCUGGACGCAGAGGAGGCGUUUGCGAAGGAGCGCUGCAGACCGCCGAUUUGGGUCGACGUCAUCCAGCGGGCCAAGGACGAGAUGGCGAAGGGCGGGGAGGCUGUGUUGAUAGACAUUUAG